UCACGUGACCGGAGGGUCACAUGAUCGCUUUCAGGAGGAGAUCUCGUGAGAGCUGUGAGUACUGCUCUGUAUACCAGGAAGAGGACGUGGCUGUGUGCUGACACCGGAGAUCACUAUAUUCAGCUGUUGCAUGAGCUGCUGCCAUGUCAAACUUUGAUAACGGCAAUCAAGAUUUCUACCAGACAAGCUACAGUAUUGACGAUCAAUCUCAGGGUUACAGCUACAAUACACAAAAUGAAGCCCAAUAUAACAAACAAUACAACUAUGACUAUAGCCAACAAGGUGCUUUUAUGCCUCCUGGGAUGAUGAAUCAACAGCAAGCGUAUGCAGGACAGAUCUAUCAGCCAACACAGACAUACACUCCUACUUCUGCAGAGUCUGUGUAUGGAAGCGGUUUUGAUGAUGAGCCCCCUUUGUUAGAAGAGCUUGGGAUCAAUUUUGACCACAUUUGGCAGAAGACAUUAACCGUGCUACACCCUCUGAAAGUAGCAGAUGGCAGUAUCAUGAAUGAAACAGAUUUGACUGGACCAAUGGUUUUUUGUCUUGCAUUUGGUGCCACAUUGUUGCUGGCUGGUAAGAUUCAGUUUGGCUAUGUUUACGGGAUCAGUGCUAUUGGUUGUUUAGGGAUGUUCUGCCUUCUCAAUCUGAUGAGUAUGACCGGAGUGUCAUUUGGCUGUGUUUCCAGUGUCCUGGGCUACAGUCUUCUCCCAAUGAUUAUCUUGUCUGGAUUUGCUGUUGUUUUUUCCUUGCAAGGAAUUAUUGGCAUCCUCCUCACAGCUCUAAUAAUAGGCUGGUGCAGCUUCUCCGCCUCAAAGAUCUUCAUUUCUGCUUUGGCCAUGGAAGGACAACAGCUUCUUGUCGCCUAUCCGUGUGCUUUACUAUACGGCGUAUUUGCCCUGAUUUCUAUCUUUUGAACUGUAUAUUAAAGUUGGACUACAAUGGGCCAAACUCAUUUUGAAGAUGGAUUUAAUCUGCCGUCUGGGAUCACUAAGCUGUCAUCAUGCACAUUUUUGGGAAACAAAGUGACGUACGUCUUAUGUUCAUGUUUUAUAUAGGACUUUUUAUAAAUACUGAAGGUCCUCAGAAUAUCCUUGUAAAGAGCUUAAAAGAGUACUCCACUGAAAACAUUUUUUAUUUAUUUUAAUUUUUUUUAAAUCAACUGGUGCCAGAAAGUUAGGCAGAUGUGUAUUUAAAAAGCUUAUAUAGCUGCUAUAUGCUUUACAGGAAGUUUUUAUUUUUGAAUUUUCUUUCUGUGUGACCACAGUGCUCUCUGCUGACACCUCUGUCCAUUUCAGGAACUGUCCAGAGUAGGAGCAAAUCCCCAUAGCAAACCUCUCCUGCUCUGGAUAGCUCCUAAAAUGGACAAAGGUGUCAGCAGAGAACACUGUGGUUAGACAGAAAAAAUGCAAAAAGAAAAGAACUUCAUGUGAAGCAUACAGCAGCUGAUAAAAAGGAUUAAGAUUUUUAAAUAUAAGUAAUUUACAAAUCUGUUUAACCUUCUGGCACCAGAUGGUUAAAAAAAAAUGUUUUCCAGUGAAGUACCCCUUUAAGUUGUACUGGCUGAACCAUUAGCAUACAAUAUUUGAAAGUAAUAAACAAGGUUCUGAGUUCAAAAUGUCUUUUAUAAUAAAAUCUCAGUUUGUCAGUGUUAAAGCAAUCUGUUUAGUUUACAGGUUAAUAUCAAACAAAGUUCUUUUGCAACAUACGUUAUGUUGCUCUGGUUCUAGACUGUAUUAUAGCCUGGAGCCGCAUUCACAACUCUGCUGGUUGCUCUUUAGAACAAUAAACAGGAUUGUUGAGAAAAGAGUCUGUUUUUCCUUCAUCAUUACUGUAUAGUGCCUGGUGUUUACUAUUCUUCAAAUGCAGUCAGCAGUGUGUGUUAAGAGACUUCAACUUUAAAGGGAAUGUGUCGCUUAUUUUGUUUUUAAAUAAAAUUGUGUUCUAACAAUAUAGAA